CCUUCAGAUGCCUGCCUGAUCAGCUGAGUCCAUUUCUGCUGUAUGUGCAUUAGAGAAGCAAUGCGGUGCAGUAGUCUCCAGAGACUAUGGAAAGGGUUUCUUCAGUAACUCGGCACCAUGAAGCUAAAUGCCAGUACGAUGAAGACCUUUAAACGUGAUGGUGUACAUGUUCCAAGACGGUCCAGGUCAGUCCCGGACUCUACCGUGGUGACAAGGACAUGGGACGGCUUCUGCCAGAGUCCAGAUGGUUCAAUACAACUGACAUCCCGGUGGACAACCGUGAAGGGGAAUCUUGGAUUGUUUUUUACUUUUGUGAAAGACCACAAUCACACAUCAGUAGGACUCAUCAGGCUUUGGAUUUCCUGUAGAAUUCUAAAAUAACCUUCUCUAAUGAGGAUGUCUGAUACUGUGCCUGGGAAAGAUGCAACUGCUACAAUGAAGGGUUUGGAGGCGGAAGUGAAAGAUGCAACCAGAGUGGUAAACCUUAUCAAAUCAGAGAGCUUUGAAACGAUUCUGGUGGAGAAGAAUGAACAGUGUAUUGACAACAAAAUUGAUUUGCAGCGGCCAAUGCAAUCGUUUGGACAGACAGGAAAAAGGUCGAAGUCAAGUUCAAAGUUAAAGCUCGUUCGGAGCCUUGCAGUGUGUGAAGAAUCUCCACCACCUCCCACAGCUGAGAUUUCCCAGGACAACCAGUCAGCGUGUGUCCAUGUGUGGAAGACUUUGGUAAAACACCAUCACUGGCUGGUUUUCCCAGAAGAAGUCUGUUUGCUUGGGAGCCCUAUUUGCUUCUCUCUCCAGCAAUUGCCACCUUCCUCUCCAGUGGGGAGUUGUGUAAACCAAGAGAAAAUUGCAGUCCAGUUAACACAGUCUUUUGAAAAAGAAGAGAAGCCCUCCAAAGAUGAAGCAGAAAAAGAAAAAAACAGCGAUAAACUACCCAGAAAAAUGUUAUCCAGAGAUUCCAGUCAAGAAUACACAGAUUCAACUGGCAUAGAUCUGCAUGAAUUUUUAGUAAAUACAUUAAAAAACAAUCCCAGGGACAGAAUGAUGCUGCUGAAAUUAGAACAGGAAAUUUUAGAUUUCAUUGGUAAUAAUGAAUCGCCACGAAAGAAAUUCCCCCCCAUGACAUCUUAUCAUAGGAUGCUAUUACACAGAGUAGCUGCUUACUUUGGAUUAGAUCACAAUGUGGAUCAAAGUGGGAAGUCGGUGAUAGUAAACAAAACUAGCAAUACAAGAAUACCCGAUCAGAAAUUUAAUGAUCAUAUCAAAGAUGACAAAAGUGAGGACUUUCAGAAACGGUACAUCCUCAAAAGGGAUAACUCUAGUUUAGACAAAGACGAUAACCAGAUGAGAAUCCGAUUAAAAGAUGACCGAAGAAGCAAAUCCAUAGAAGAAAGAGAAGAAGAGUACCAGAGAGCUAGAGACCGAAUAUUUGCACAAGAUUCUCUCUGUUCUCCGGAGAACUAUCUCACUGACAAAAGAAUCCAAGAGGAGGAAGCUAAGAGUACCCACCAGAGGCGCCAAAUAUUUAGAGUCAAUAAAGAAGCGUCGGGGAGGUCAGCCAACAGCCACCAAAGCAGCACUGAGAACGAGCUGAGGGACUCGGAGCUCCGGCCUUGGAGCAGCACGGACUCUGACAGCUCCCUCCGCAACUUGAAGCCAGCCGUGACCAAAGCCAGCAGCUUCAGUGGAAUUUCUGUUCUGACCAGAGGCGACAGCUCAGGAAGCAGCAGAAGUGUAGGCAGGCUGUCCAAGACAGGUUCUGAGUCUUCUAGUAGUGUAGGGUCAUCCACGGGCUCUCUCUCUCACACCCAGCAGCCUCUUCCAGUGACCGCUCUAAGCCAGCCUUCUCGUGGCCCCCCUGCCGUCUAUCCGGCCGUCAGCUCUAGUAGUUCUCUUUGCCUGGAUGGCGGGGGGAGUGGGCCCGGCGCCCCUCCUAGCCCUAGCUUCUUUUUGCUUCCCUUGGAAGCGGCAGGCAUACCGCCUGGCAGUGUGCUGAUCAACCCCCAAACAGGCCAGCCCUUCAUAAACCCAGAUGGAAGUCCAGUUGUGUACAACCCGCCUGGGACUCAGCAACCUGUUAGAACCCAAGUGCCUGGACCUCCCCAGCAGCCGCCUCCUCCCCAACCACCCCAACCCCAGCAAGCAGCGAAUCACGUUCUCUCUCAGCCUCUUCGGCCUCUGCAGUCUCCUUCCCAGCCUGUUCAGUACUCUACCGUCUCUUAUCCAUCCCCGCUCCUGCCAGUCUCACCUCCCCAGCAAUACACCGUGCAAGACAACUUGGGUUCCCAGUUCAGCCACAUGAGCCUUGCCCGCCAGCCAUCUGCUGAAGCUUCUGACCCUCACGCCACCAUGUUCCAGUCUACAGUUAUGCUACAGCCACCACCGCAACAGUCUGGAUACAUCAUGGCAGCCCCACCUCCGCCCCCAGCCGCCCCCGGCCAGCCCGUUCCUCCCUCUGGCUACUCUGCCUCCGGCCACCCUGUCAACCAGCAGAUACUCCAUCAGCAGCCACAGCAGGGAUAUGCACAGCAGCCCCUGCCGCAGAUGCCAGCCUGUUAUUGUGGUCCAGGCCAAUAUGCCCACUCCCGUCAGCAGUACCGCCCUGUGGCUCCUGUCCAUUUCAACGCCCAGCCGAACCCAGCACUGCCGCAGCCUGCCCAGCAGACAGGUUACCAGGUUCUGCCUAACCAGCAACAAAACUACCAGGGGAUCGUUGGAGUCCAACAACCUCAGAAUCAAAGUCUAGUCAGUGGCCAACCCAACAGUAUUGGGAAUCAGAUUCAAAGUGUGAUUGUCCCUUACUCUUCAGUGCCAUCGUAUCAGGUUUCACUGCCUCAGGGUUCCCAAGGAAUGCCCCAGCAGACGUAUCAGCAGCCGGUCAUCAUCCCCAGUCAGUCCAACCCGGGCCCCGGGCACACAGCAGGCCUGCCGGUAUACUACAGCGUCAUCCCACCAGGGCAGCAAAAUAAUCUAAGUUCAUCAGUCGGGUAUCUGCAGGCUCCUGGAUCUGAACCGAUACAGUUUCCUCGCACCUCUUCACCCUGCAAUGCCCAGCAGCUCCAAGGCCAUCAAUGUGCAGCAGUUGCUCCCCCUCCACCGGGGGGAGGGGUAGUGAUGAUGCAGCUGAACAUCCCCAACAACCCUCCGGCCCGGGCCCACUCCCCACCGCAGUGGAAGCAAAAUAAGUACUACUGUGACCAUCAGCGAGGACACAAGGCUGUGGAGUUCAGCAAUUUAGACAAUGCUGUCCAGUUACAGCACAGCCCUCAACUCAGCAGUCCUGUGACCUCACCAGCUCAGUCACCAGCACCAGCUCAACUUCCCAGCUUGAAAAGCACCCGCCCCACAUUAGCGCCUCUUUCCAUCGUCCCCCAGUUUUCUAGACCUUUUGUCCACGGGCAAGGCGAUGCCAGAUACCCAUUGCUUGGCCAACCCCUGCAAUACAACCCUCCAUCUCUGCCACAUGGACCCAUUCAGAGCCACCAGUGUCAGUCUGGAGGGAGGCACGGGCACCGUGGCAGAAAACAAGCUAAAAAGGCAGCAUCCACAGACCUCGGGGCCGGAGAAACAGUCGUUGGGAAGAUCUUGGAAAUUACCGAACUGCCAGAAGGAAUAACCCGCAUGGAAGCUGAAAAGCUUUUCGGAGAACUCUUUAAAAUCGGCGCCAAGAUCCGAUGGCUCCGGGACCCCCACUGUCACUCGCAGCUGCGUCACCAUCACCUCUACUGCGGUAGCGGAGACAGCAAUGUGAACCCAGAACCCUCCAAACCCAGUGACUUGGCUUCCACCUACACAGUCUUAGCCACCUUCCCUUCCAUCUCUGCUGCUCAGAACGCAUUGAAGAAACAGAGUCACUCGGUGAACAAAUUCAAGCUGAGAAUGAGCAAGAAGCACUACGACUUCCGUAUCCUGGAACGGGCCAGUUCUCAGUAGCAGCUCCACCACUGGACAUUCAGCCUUCCCGUGUCCCCCGUCCUCUCCUACCUUUGGUUGGCUAGGUAUUUCGGAGUUUCCGUUCCCCUUCUCUCACGAGAGCGAGAGAGAGAGACAGCACGACAGAGAGAGAGACACACACUCCCGGGACAUGUGGUCAUGGCGUUGCAGCUUUUGAAGAACCCAGUGAUCCAGCAAGGAAAAAUUGUCAGUUUAGCCCAAGCCGCUGUUAGCCCAAUUCAUGUUGACCCAUUGUGGGACAGCCGCUUUCUUUUGGGGGCGCACUGUUAAACACCCCUAACUUUUAUAGUCGUUUUGUUUUAUAUUUCUGAAUUCUUGUAUCAGAUCCAAACCUCUAUUGUACAGCAAAUUUUUCUUCACAUUGACUCUGCCUGUUGCAGCCUGUUUCCUGACCCUUCUCCUAGCCGGCAUACACCGAUCUGUCAACUGACCCGUCGAAGGUUGGGAGCGAUGCAGUGGGGGCAGCGGAACCAAAGGGACGGGCCCCUGAGCUGGCCAGCGCCGGGAAGGUUCCUGUGCCCCGGAGGGUCCGCUGGAGAAGCGACAUGGCGGUACCCACCGGCCCUGCUCCCGGGACCCCUUCCUUUCGAAUGUCCUCAGACCGGGUUAACUUUCAUUGCAAAUAAAUGAUGACAAAUUCUAUUCUUAACUCACUCUUAAAUCCAGAAGAGAACGGGAAUCCUCCCAGGCAGCAAAAGUGCGGCGGACCGAAACGUUUUUUUCAUUUCUGUCGAAGGGAAAAGAACUCAAAGCGUAUCUCUUUCCGCCCCCCCACCCCACCCAACUCCCCGGCCACCUCCCAAGAAAAAAAAAACAAUAUGUUUGCAGUUUUAAUAUGUUCCCCCCUCUCCUCCCACCCCCUUAUGAAUCACCCGGAGGAAAUGCAUUUGAUAAGUGCUGGAAAUUCUGUCAAUGGUUUCAAUUCGUUUUCAUUGUUUGCAGAGGAUCACUGGACAUCAAAAGAUUCAUUGCACUUAUGAACAAGAAACCUCUUUUCAAUUUCUGUGUAAUUCGCAAGGCUGUACAAUGUGUGCUGAUGCAAGCCUUUUUCAGUUCAAAAGAAUAAAUGUUUACAAAU